GAUCAAAGUAUUAAAAUUCUUGGCCGAAACGCGGUGACCAGCGGCAAACCUCGAGUGAUGGACCCCCAGCAGCAGCAGCAGGCGGGGUCAUCCUUCGACCACGGAGGACGUCAGAACAGCUACAACUCCAUACCUGCGUCCAACAACAUCAUGAGUUCAUUUCCCAGCCAGGAUCCCAUCAUGGAGCCAAACACGAUCAAUCAACUGCGCCCUUCGUCGUUCAACUGGAAUACCCCGUCCGAGACGUCGCUUCCAUCGAUGCAGAGCUUGGACUUGAGCAACCCCCACGCGGCGGCAGCUUCGUCGAUCCAUCAGCAGAUGCCUGGGAUGGGUCAAAGCCUGCAUAUCCAGACGCAGUUUCCGCAGAUGCAGCAAAUGUCGAUGCCAUACGGGACGAACGCCAACAACCCCAUGUCGAUGGGCAUGGUGAUGAACAACCACGUUGGUGGAAUGGGUCAGCAGCAACACAACAUGGCCGGGCAGCACCAUCACCAGCAAAGCGGGCUACCCCUGCGAAGUCCCAUGCCGCUUGGUGGCGGUUCCACGGAUCACCUGAUCCCGCACUUGUACCAGCACCACCAGCAACAACACCAUCAGCAGCACCACUUGCAAUCUCAGGGGUACGCAUCCCCGAUGACGCAGCAACACGCGUACGGUGCCCAGGACCCGAUGAAGUUGAACAGCAUCAUGUCCACCCCGGCCGCCGCGGCCGCCCCGCCGCAGUCGACCCUUCCGUCGCGCAUCACCCCCGUCACGACCACGUCUCCUGGGUUCCCAUCCACGUACGAGUUUGAAGUCGUCCUUCAAAAGGGCGAGCACGGACUGUGCAUGAACAUGGGCAUCAAGAUGGGCAGCGUAUCGGUGCUCGGGUUCCGGCAGCCGCUGCCGGGCGUUGUGGGGCCCGCCGAGGCCUGCGGCAUGAUCCAAGUCGGCGACGACCUCGUGUGCGUCGACGGCAUCAUGCUGCAGUGCGCCGACGACUUCAAGAAGGUCGUGCCGCACCUCAAGAGCGACCUGCCUGCGAAACUCCGCUUCCGCCGAUCCCCGCAGCCGCCCCAGCCACCGCCGCCCCAACAACAACAACAAUCAUCCCAACAGCAACAGCAGCAGCAGUCAGUGUAUCAGCCGCUCCCUGCGAUCCCCCCGUUGACCGGCACGGGGUCGUCGGGCAAGGUGUACCAGAUUGGCGAGCUGUUUAUGGGCGUGCGGUACCUCGGCCCCAACCAGUGGGCAGCUGAAGUCAAGACCCAUCAAGGGGAUACGCAACUGCAGCGCCUGGGCGAGUUCACGACCGAGUACUUGGCUGCCCAAACGUACAACACGUACCUGAUGCAAACGUACGGCCAGCAAGCGUUGAAGUACAUGCAUCCGGCUACGCGACAGGCCAGCCACCCGUAUCAGCAGCAGCAGCACCACAUGAUGCACAUGCAACAGCAACAACAGCAGCAACACUUGAUGCACCAUCAUCAUCAUCAACAGCAGCAGCAGCAUCACAUGCAGCAACAGCAGCAGCAAAUGAAGCCGACGCGCCCGCGUGGUCCAGUUCUCCACGCCAUGUUCACGGUGGAACAGAAGGAGCAACUUCGAGCGCAGAUCAUGGUCUUCAAGUUUAGCACGAGUGGCAGCGGCAUCCCGACGGACCUGCUCCGGGUGGCGGUCCGCGGCGCCGGCGGGUCGCUCGAGUUCAACACGGCGCCCAAGGAACGAUCGCGCAAGAAAACGUUCAACGACUCGGCGCCCAAGAGCAAGCGCAUGAAGUACGGCAGCGGACGCGGCGGCAGAGGGGGCAGAGGCAGCCGCGGACGGGGACGAGGCGCCGUGUCAGACGAAGAAGACGACGGAGAGUUCAAAGACGGCGACGACGAAGGCGACGACACCGUCGUGGGCGACAAGCCAGAACCGGAAAACGUGCGUCGAUCGAGUCGGAACCAAGGCAAGGAGAAGAAACGGUACAGCGAAGUGGCCGAGAUCGACGGCGACGAGGAAAAGCCCAAGGAAUCAUCUCCCCAGCAACAGCAAGCCAAGGGGCCGCAGAUGGACAAGAUCAUCGCGGUGCGCUUCGUCGAGCCAGAUAUGGGCAUGGAGUUCCUGAUGAAGUGGAAGCAUUUCUCGUACUUGCACGUAACGUGGUUAUCCACGCUCGACAUUGAGCGCCAUGGCAAGGGCGCCGUGAUGCGGAUGCGCCGGUACAUGCAAAAGCACGUGCGGGAUGUCGAAGUGGCGCGCAUGAACCCAAGCGAUCGGUCCGAGGACACGACGCAGUACUUUUCUCCGGCAUAUGUCGAGGUGGACCGAAUCCUAGACAUGGCGUCGGCGGAGGAGGUGGUCGUGCCGAAUGAACUCAAGCGAGGGAUCAAGUACCUGAUCAAGUGGAGGGACCUGAGCUACGCAGAGUGCUCGUGGGAGUGGGCAGACCAAGUCACGGAUGACCGCAAGAUCGCCACGUUUCAGCGGUAUAACCACCCGCCGCUGCUGGAGAAUGCCCCACGUGCCAUGUUUGAAGACGUCCGCCCGCAUGCCUCGGCAUGGGCAAAGUACCAAGACUCGCCCACGUACAACGACAACAACACGUUGCGGUCGUACCAGUUGGAAGGAUUGAAUUGGAUGGUGUUUUGCUGGUACAAUCGCCGCAACUGCAUCUUGGCCGACGAAAUGGGACUGGGCAAAACAGUGCAAGCCACAGCCAUCUUGGAGCAUCUCCGCCAGCACGAACACAUCCGAGGGCCGUUCCUGGUUGUGGCGCCACUCGCGACGCUUGGCAACUGGAAGCGCGAGAUUGAGAGCUGGACGUCCAUGAACUGCGUCGUGUAUCAUGACUCGGAGGGCGGCGCCGAGACCCGCGCGUUCAUCCGCCAGCACGAGUUUACGUACAAGAAUCAGCCCGAUUAUUACAAGCGCAGCAACGUGUACAAGUUUAACGUGCUGGUGACGUCGUACCAGACGUUGAUGGCGGACGCGGAGCUGCUGCAGGAGAUCCACUGGCGAUACGUGGUGAUCGACGAAGCGCACAAGCUCAAGAACCGCGACGCCAAGCUGCUGGCGUCCCUGCGCACGUUCAAGUGGGACUCAUGCCUGCUCAUGACGGGCACGCCGCUCCAGAACGGGGUGUUUGAGCUGUGGUGCCUGCUCAACUUUAUCGAACCAGACAAGUUCCCGUCGCAGCAGCACUUUUACGACCAGUACGGCGACCUCAGCAGCGCCGAGCAGGUGGCGAGUCUGCACGAGCAGCUGCGGCCGUUCAUGCUGCGUCGAGUCAAGGAAGAUGUUGAGAAGAGCAUCCCGCCCAAGGAAGAAACGAUCAUUGACGUGGAGCUCACGACCAUGCAAAAGAAAUACUAUCGGGCCAUCUUUGAACGCAACCGAUCGUUCUUAAACCAAGGGAGCAGCGUGGCCGUGGCCAACUUGAUGAACGUCGAGAUGGAACUGCGCAAGUGCUGCAACCAUCCGUUUCUGAUCCGCGGCGUCGAGCAAAAGGAACUGGCCGCCGUGUACGACGAAGCCGACCGCAGCCGCGUCUUGAUUCAAGCGAGCGGCAAGCUGGUGCUGCUCGAGAAGAUGCUGGUCAAGUUCAAGGCCGAGGGCAAGAAAGUGCUCGUGUUUUCGCAGUUCAAGAUCAUGCUCGAUAUCCUCGAAGACCUCUUCCACGCGCGCCAGUACUCGUUUGAACGCCUAGAUGGAUCGCUGCUCGGCAACGCCCGCCAAGCCGCCAUCGACCGCUUCAACGACCCCAAAUCGGACACGUUUGUGUUUUUGCUAAGUACGCGCGCGGGUGGCGUGGGUAUUAACUUGAUCGCAGCAUCAAUUGUGGUGCUUUAUGACAGCGAUUGGAACCCCCAGAACGACCUGCAAGCGAUCGCGCGGUGCCAUCGCAUUGGCCAGACCCAAGCCGUGCGCAUCUUCCGCCUCGUGACAAAGAAGACUUAUGAAGCGCAAAUGUUUGAAAUUGCGAGCAAAAAGCUGGGGAUGCACCACGCCGUGUUUGAAACGGGCGGCGUGCGCAAGGACUUCGACGGGAACGACGACAGCAACAUGAUGUCGCUCAUGUCGUUGGACAAGGACAAGGUCGAGAUGAUGAUCCGAUAUGGGGCGUACGCCAUCAUGAACUCGGACGAAGAAGACCCGGAGAACGCCAAGAUCAACGAGCUCGACAUUGACCAGCUGCUGAGUUCUAGUCGCACGAUCCGGUACGACCCCACGGGCGCAAAGACAGAAGAGUCGUCGGGCGCGGCGCUGUCGUUCUCCAAGGCAUCGUUCACGGCCGAGACGUCGGACGCCACCAUUGACUUUGAAGACGCGCAGUUCUGGGACAAGGUGCUCGGGCCCAAGACGAUCCAGCUGCUCACAACGCAGGUGGAGAAUGGGUCGCUGCUGCAAGCCACGUUGCCAGACAUCAAGGCGUUCCUGACGUCAUUGCGGGAACUUGCGCGGCAACUGGUGAAACACCGCCAAAAAGGCGAAAAGAACCCCGAGGCUGACCAGAUUCUGUCCAUUUUGAUUGAACUCAAGGUGCGCGGACCUGUAAACAAGCAAGUCAACGUCAAGACGAUCGCAACCGACUGGCUCGAAGUGAUUGAACGCCCCAAGCGCCGACGGAACCAGGAAGUUGAGAGCGAGCUCAUGUACCAUCCGUUCCUAGACGACACGGGCGGCGACGGCAUCGGCGGCAUCGGCGGUAUGGGUUCCAAGAAGGGCAAGAAGAAGCAAAAGACAUCGGGACUCAAGUUCCGGUCGUCGGCCGAUCCCACCAGCGCCAUCCUCGUGACCAUCGCAACGACCGAAAGCGGCAACUUUCGAGUUGUGCGCGUACACAGCGAUAAGAAGGAAGUGAACCGCCAUGUGCAUGUGGAUGCGGACGAAGCCGACAACGCAUCGGAUGAGGACGCGCUCUUCUCGGACGAGGACGAGUAUGACGACAAGCCGCAAUACUCUCGAAGCAAGGACAAUCACCACCUGGUCAAGAAGAAACAGACGGCCAAGGGUCCAUCGCGGCGAUCGAACAUGCCCAAGCCGCUGGAAACCGUCGAUGGCGUGCCCGUGGAUGAGCUGUGGUGCCGCGUGUGCUACAGCGACCAAGGCUUUGACGAUGACCCGAUCGUACAGUGCGAAAAGUGCAAGUGUUCGGUGCACAAGUUUUGCUAUGGCAUUGUUAAAGUGCCAGAAGGCGACUUGCCGUGGUACUGCGACCUGUGCGAAGCCCAUUUGACCGCCGAGACGGUGCCUCAGAAGUGCUUGAUGUGUCCAUUGGAGAUCAAAGAAACUGCGUUCAAGGAGACUGUCGACAAGGAAUGGGUGCACGUCGUGUGUGCGCUGUGGUCCCGCGGCGUCGAGUUCGAAGACAUUGAGCGCAUGAAGGGGCUCAAGAACGUGCUGGCGACGAUGGACGGCAUGGAGGACGCGGCCAAGACGGCGCCGUGCGCGCUGUGCGCCGACGCGUCGGGCAGCAAAGUCAAGUGCUGCCGCAACGGAUGCGACGUGCACUUCCACGCGCUGUGUGGCCGGCAAACGUUUGGCGUGUACGACAUGUACAUGAACGACGCGGGGAACCUCCGGUCGUUUUGUAAAGAGCACCGCCCCAAGUUUCGUCCGCGAUUGCAAAAUAGUUAGUGUACCCCAUAUAAAACCCAAUGACGCCACCCUUUCUUUGUAUAUACCCC